UGCGAGAGAAAUGAAAGAUAAGAAGAAUAUUUGAGUUGAGAGCUCUCCCGAACUCCACAUUAUUAUCAUGGCUUCAGUCCAACUAGUAAUUCUCCCUUCAAAAUGCCAUAAUUCUCUUCAAUCUUCUCCAUCUGGGUCUGCUCCAAACCUACCCAGAAUCGGGUCUCAGUUUCUGGGUCUUAAGAAGAAUCUUGCAUGGUCGAGACCCAGACCAUCCAGACUAGGACCCAAUUCCGGUGGUAGAACAGUAUGCUGGUUUAGGUUUGGCAAGAACGGUGUUGAUGCCGAAGGUGCCGGAAUCUAUGGUAGUCAGUCCAGGGAUGAUUUCGACCGUGACGAUGUCGAACAGUAUUUUAACUACAUGGGAAUGCUAGCGGUUGAGGGUACAUAUGAUAAAAUGGAAGCUCUUUUGAAUCAAAACAUUCAUCCUGUUGAUAUUUUACUAAUGUUAGCUGCAUCUGAAGCUGACAAGCCAAAAAUUGAGGAGCUGAUGAAAGCUGGUGCCAAAAUCACUGUCAAGGAUGCUGAAGGACGAACCGCCAUUGAUAGGGCACUCAACGAUGAGAUCAAGAAUUUUAUUCUUAGUUUUUCUGCCUCUGCCAAGAAGGCAUGAUCAUUUGAUUGUUGUUUUUGUUUGUGUUUGUGUUUGUGUUUGAUGUUUGUAGUAGCAGAGACCAUGUAGAAGAAUAAUUAUAUACUAUUAUUUGAUCAAUGUAUUUGUUUUACAAACCAAGUUAAGUUAUAGCUUGAAGUAAAGCUCGAUAAGCUUCUU